CCUGGCCAAUCAGAGGAAAGGUAUCCGAUAAGCCGCUCUACUCUCUUUCCCCGAUCCCGUUGGUCCACUAUAGGAGACCGGAGAGACCGUAGAGAGAGGUGACUAUGGAGGGGGAUCAUGCAGGCAACAUGGCCGUCUGAACCGCGGACAACCCGAAGAUGCAGAGUCUAUUGUUUUCUGCUUUGUGUCUGAAACUCUUCUGGAUUCUGUCGUGUCGGGGCCAGAGCUGGCCUACUGAUGGUGUAUAUUAUGGGAUGUUGGGGUCCAACGUGACGCUGGCUUGCGGGACGUCGCCACAGAGGUCACCAGUGGAAUGGCGUCUCAACCAGAGCUCUACGUUGCCAUGGCAUCGCGUCACUGCAAAUGGCAGCUUGGUGCUGUUCAACGUCAACCAAUCAGCAAAGGGCAACUACAGCUGUCAUGGCGACCAGGGCACCACCCACAGCAUUGUCUCACUGAUGCUCGGAUAUCCACCAGGGCCCCUGAACGUAUCCUGUCGAGUCCCGAAUCACAAACACGUGCGCUGCUCGUGGGUCAGCAGAGUCAAAACCUUCCUGCCUGCCCAGUACCACGCCUUCUACUGGGAAAAUUCUUCGUGGAAACUGUGUGUGGUGGAUUCCACCAACCACCACUGUGACAUCGCGCAUCCCCAUUUCUGGCAGCUCAACCAUCGGCUGAACAUCACCGAGGUCAACCCCCUGGGAGCAGCGCUCACCAGGCAGACCAUCCAACUGCAUAAGCUCUUGAAGCCGGACCCUCCGGCGGAACUGGUGGUGACGGCCCGGUCCAGCUUCCCCACCCACCUGAACGUGUCCUGGCGGUACCCGCACUCCUGGCCACAGCUGGACUUCUUCCCCCUGCUCUUCCAGAUCAGAUACAGGCCCCACGGCUCCACACACUGGGCACAGAUUGAGUCCAUGGGGACUAAUGUAGUGGUCCAUGAUGCGCUGGAGGGCUACCUCCACGAGGUGCAGGUCCGAGCCCAGGACGAGCCUAACGCCGACAGCCACUGGAGCGACUGGAGUCCCCUGAUCCUGGCCCGGCCUUGGGAAGCCCCAGGAACAGAGCAGCCUGAUGUCUCAGGAGGAACACCCCCCACUGAAGUGUAUCCAGAUGAGACCGAGACCAUCACCAGUAAGAACAGAGACGAUGCAGCAGGGGAAGAAGAGAAACUCAGUUUGGUCAUUCUAUUGGUUAUCUUCUCCAUCGUCAUCUUCAUCAUCAUCCUCUCCCUCACCGUGGUCAUGUGUUUGAGGCAGAGGGACCAGAGGGAUCGUCAUGUGACCAAACAGGAAGUGAGCUCCAUGCUCAAGAUGAAGGCCAUCCCUCUGUAGGAUUGGAUCCGUCCUCUGUCCGUCUGAACCACUGCAGUUCUCUUUGCUGGUUCAAACUACAUCCCCCACAAUGCAUGGUCCAGUAGAAGCAGGAUUUCCAGUAGGCAGAAGCUGAACUGUAUAAACAACUGUUGAGAGUGUUGAGUUUCACCUCACCUCAAACUGCACUACCCAUAGUGCAUCAAGGCAACAAGGCUUUUAUCUUCACAGUAACGGACUCCUGAAUUGUUAUUGGAAGUGGGCCUUGACGUCGACCCUCCACCCAUGUUCUUCCUCUCAUCUAUACCAGCAAUUUUUGUCCACAAGAGAACAGUUUUUUCUGAUGUUUUUUUUGUGAGAAGAUAAAGACUGACUUUUAUUUAAAUGUCUGACUGUGAAGAAGCGUCAAAGGAAACUGGGCAUUACUGAAUACAAGUAUUCAAUAGGGUGUCGUCUGCAUACAGGCGUACUAUAAGGCAGGGCUGUUUCAGAUCUUUCAGCUCGGGAGCCCAAAGACAAUUUGGGCCGACCACAGCACACUCAGAAUACCCAGACAACAUCCGAUCCGUCUCAUUAAGAGGUUCACCAAUUCUGGUGUGCUCAGAGUUUAUUGUGCAUGGACAGGCUGUGACCCGCCUCUGACCGGAUGACCACCAGUUUCGGGACCCAAAAAAACGAUGUUUAAGAAGUACAUAGGAUAAUUAGAGUAUGGUGUCUAGAUACGUACAUCAGAGUAUGAUGCCUGGAUACGUACAUCAGAGUAUGGUGUCUGGAUACGCACAUCAGAGUAUGGUGUCUGGAUACGCACAUUAGAGUAUGGUGCCUGGAUACGUACAUCAGAGUAUGGUGUCUGGAUACGCACAUCAGAGUAUGGUGUCUUGAUACGUGCAUUAGAGUUUUGUCAACUGGACUCUACGCACUCUGCAGAGAGAGAGAGAGAGAGAGAGAGAGAGAAAGAGAGAGGGGGGAGAGCGAAUAGCGCGAGAGAGAGAGAGAGAGAGAGAGAGAGAGAGAGAGAGAGAGAGAGAGAUGGUAGAGCUUUCAGCCUAGCACACACCAACAGUGUUGUAACAUCACAUUGAUGUUUGAACAAGGUCUCAGGUGUGUCAGUCCCUCGAUUCAGUGUUUCUGAUCUGAGUUUAAAAAAUGACCUUUAAACAGUACAUUGUACUUCUUCCCCCCCAGCCAUUGAUAUUCAUAUUCAUUUGAAUGUGUGCACAAACACAAUCCCCAGACACUUAGACCACCUGGUGGUGGUGGGGAUUUCAUAACCAACAGGAGAGCCUGUAAUGUCUUAAACAUCGGGUUGAGUUCUAAUGUCAUUAGCCUUGGGUGGAGUUGUGAUUUCAUCACCUACGGGUGGGGUUAUGAUGCCAUUGCCCAUAGCUGGAGUUUGAUUGUCCCAAACCUAAAUGUUUUAACAGUAAAACUAUGUUCUGUUUAUUCUGAGCGAGUCAGUUACUUUGUGCUGAUCUAAAGUUGUGUAUUUACUUUGCGAUUGAUUGAUUGGCCUGAGGUGUAUUUUGUCAGCCCUUUCGCACGUUUGCAAACGUAACGGCCACUCAAGCUAGCUUUUCACAUUAUAUGCAUGAAUCCAACGAAAGCUUUCUCUGUAUAUUAUUGUAUAUUUUUCAUCAUUUUACAUUUCAUGUAUGUUACCAAAAGUGUUUCUAUGUUUUUCUAUGUUCUGGUUCUAACAGGAAGUCCCUCCAAAUAUGCUUUUAGUUGUAGUUUAGCAAAAUGUGCCACUUUAUAGCGCCAGUUACUGAAAAUAACCAAAUCACUAGAGGAAACAACUAACCUGCAAAUGAGGACACUGUUGCUAAGUGACCAAAUUAUACAGGAUAUGACGACUGGUUAGUACUACUGUUGGCUAUUACUUCUCUAAGUAAGCUAGUAGUACGAACUGUUGGCUGGUAAUACUAAUGGUUAGUAGUACUAUUGGCUAGUAGGACGGUUGCCUAUUAGUUCUAUUGGCUAGUAGUAUUAUCGGCUAGCACUUUUGUAAUGUUAGUACUACUUGCAUUAGUAUAUCUGUCAGGUAGUAGUGCUCAUUUCUCUAUGUAUUAGCGGCUCUUGUCGCAAACAUGUGUAGCCUUCAGCUUCCAAUGCAAUCUGUUUAUACGUACCUUAUAGAUUAUAUUUGAUAGAUUAUAUUUGAUAGAUUGCUGAUCUAUCUGAUCAUGUUCAGCAUUGAGUCAUUGGUCUCCAUGGUCUAGAUUCAGAGAGAGAUUGAGAUAAUGUAGCCUAGAUGUAAAGGAAAUAGAUAUUCUAGAUUUUCCGUACAAAAGAAAGCUCUGCAACAGGAGUAAUCACAUAAAACACCUAGCACUGAGUAUAAUAGUACUAUUAGUUUUACUACUUCUGGUAUAAUAGAUACUAGACAGAUCUACUGUGCAGGCUAUGUGUAUAUAUGUAUGUACGUAUAUAUGCAUAUAUAUGUAUACACAUAUAUAUAUAUAUAUAUAUAUAUAUAUAUAUAUAUAUAUAUAUAUAUAUAUAUAUAUAUAUAUAUAUAUAUAUAUAUAUAUAUAUGCUGCACCAUGAUGCAAAGUGUUAUAAAAAACAUCUCACUCCACGUUACCUCAUUGCAUAUAAAGUAUAAAUCACAUAUAAAUCACAUUAAUAACAGCAUUGUUGCCUAUAUUUCACCUAUAAAAGACGCUUAUAUGCUUUUUAAUCUAUCAUUAUGUAGGGUUUUCUUAUUCGCAUCAGUGUGUGAUUGUAUGAAUAUAUCAUGUCGUGUAGUGUUUUGUACUUUUUAAUCAGUGUUUGUAUGAUUAUAUCAUGUGCAUGGGGGUCCUGUCCCUUCAACACAUAUUGUGUAAAUCCCCUUUGGGAGUAGAACUCUGAGAACACUUGGAUUUACUCCCAUGUGUAAAUACUACUUUGUUUGUAUCACAAUAAGCUGUUUUUCUCUUCUGUACUUGUGUCUUUGAAAUAAAUACUAUUUUAUCACAACACAACAUAAA